AUGCUAUUCACUUACAAACCUCGUCACUCCCGUGCGAAUUCUCAGCCCUCUUCAGAUCUAAAAUCUCACGCUGUGUCAAGAUCCAAACCUGCUUCUAUUUUAUUGAAAAAUCAAGUAAAAAACGAAUUCCCUUCUACCUUUGGCUCCAAACGAUCAAUAAAAUCAGCUCAAUCUAUUCAAGCUCAAGAGCCCUUAUUUUCUCUGUCAACUGAUCCUUCAUUUCUUGAAAAAACUGGUGAAUUUCCCAAUAAAGACCUUAGCCAACAAAGUUUUGACUCUGGCCAAUCAAGAAAAAAAUUUCCCCACGACUUUAGGGUUUUGCAUUCACGAACCCCAGAUUUAAAUAAUCGUAAUUCAAGUCACCAAAAAAUGCUUGAAUCAAGAAAAGAAAAAAAAAGAAAAUAAAUCUUUUAUCUAUGGCCAUAAAAUAUUGUAAAUGAGAGAGAAUAAGCUAUUUUCUCUUAAAUAAUAGUAAAAAUUCUUUAUAAUUAUAAUUCAUUUAUAAUAGUGCAGCAUAUUCAAGCAGUGCUGACUAUGAAGCCAAAAAUAAAGACUAUGCUCACCUGAACAAGCUUUUCAAUAAGCUUAUAGAAGAGCAACAAGAACUAAAAAAAAAAUUGCAGAGUCACGAAGACUUGAUACAGAAAUUCAAUAUUGAUAAUUUCUCGAGAAACUCAGACGUUGAAAAUAUGGACAGGAUUCAUAAUAAAUAUCCUGUUAUAGCUAAAAGCUAUAACGAAAAUUCAUAUUUUGAUGGAAAUAGCAUUGAUGAAGGCGGAAAUAAAAAGGUAGAUUUAAUUACGUUUAGACUAGGAGAAAGCUGGACAGAACAGAAAAAAAAGCAAAGAUUUCCGAGAGAUGUUUUCUCAAGCAGAAAAAAAUUCAGGUGUCAGAUUAACUAA